UGCUGUCCUCCUGACAGCAUGCAGUUUCAUAUAAUUCCGCUAGUCCUGCUAGUGGCGCUAGUGUCCCUGCCUAAUUGCACUCUAGUAAAUGGAGAGAAUUCAGUAGAAAGUGCUCCAAGUCAAAUAGAAAGACCCCCGGCUGAAGCAGUUGAUAGUGAAGAGGAUGAUGAAGAUGAAGAAAAUGCGGGAGAACAUUCUGUAGAUUUUGAUGUUGAUUAUAAUGUUCAUAGACCAGCUGAUCAACAUACGCAGAUUCCGAAAUGUAAAACUGAAGAUUUACAUGAGGGUGACGUUAACUGUGAGAUAGAGGUAAAACCUAAGCUGAAGCCCUAUAUCAACUACAAGGGAUAUCAUAAAUGGGAAAGACGACCUCUCUUCGUAAUCAUUAUUGGGGGGUUAAGAUGGGACUACCUGACUGAAGAGUUUUGGAACGGAACCAAUCCUGGAUUAGGAAAUCUGAAAGCGUUUAAUUGGAUUCAGAAACAUGGCGCAACAAUGAGCCAGGUGAUACCUGUAUUUCCCCCCUAUGACCUGCCCACCUGGACCAGCCUAGCUACUGGACUUUAUCCACAUAAUACAGGAGUAACAGGGGAUUAUAUGUACAAUUUGAAAACAAGGGAACUCUUCAGUAGAGAUGAUAGUUUAGAAUCCUGGUGGGUUUCCGGUGAACCUAUUUGGUCAACAGCUGCUAAACACGGCAGGAAAGUAAGUGUACUAAACUGGCAUGACUGUACUUUGGCUGGGAAUACACUUGAAGAUCCGAAUGAUUGCAAGCCCUUUCACACGAAGAGUGGGAUGCCAAGCAAGCAGAAACUAAUUCAACUGUUCAAUCAGGCCUUUACUAAAAUACAUUCGGCUGAUUAUGAUCUAAGUAUUGUAUAUACUGAUGCUCUAAAGAAAGCUGCUCUAACCUACGGUCCUAACAGUCAAGAAGUCAAGAAUACUCUAGCUGACUUAGAUGAUGUUCUUCAGGGUAGAUUAUCUGAUAUAAAGAAUAAGAAGGAAAGAGCAAAUCUGAAGUUGAAUAUUCUUCUUCUCAGUGAUUAUGGUCUAAACAGUCGAGCCAACACAACUAAACUAGUUCUUGAAGACUAUAUGGAGUUUGAGCAUGUACAGUACAUUAUACAACGUGGAGGUUCAGUUGUACUGAUACCAUACGCUCUAAAGGCUGGCGAUAUACUGAAUGGUGUGGCAGGAAAGCUGGGUGUCGGAUCUAUGCUUGGAAUUGAUGUUUAUGUAAGAGAUGUUAAUCUUCAAGUUCCUCCGCUAGAGUAUCCGACAAUUCCUGAAUACCUUCACUACUCCGGGCACACCUGGACACAGGAUAUUCUCCUAGUUGCUAAACCAGGUUUUGAAAUUGAAGUUGGGAACGCUAGUGAGAAAUUGCUGCCUCCUAUGAAGGAACCUCAAGUUCUAGGAACCUCAGGAUAUAUUCCCGACCCACCUCCACCUCUAGUAGUUCCUGGCAGGGACAAGCACAAGAGCAAAGAGUUGCGCGCGCGAGAGAAAGUAGAAGGGGAACUUUAUCACCGGUUUGCGCACAUGAUGAAAACUGUUGGGUUUGCUUGGGGACCAGAUUUUAAACCUGGACAUGUCAGUUCUACUAUAGAAAUUGUGGAUAUCUAUCAGAUUAUGGCCUUCCUUCUUCAAGUUGAUCCUCAACCUCAUGAUGGUAGUUGGGAUAGGGUGAAACCGAUGAUUGUUCUGAGCUCUGGAGAAAACUUAACUCCAGUUCUAUUCCUAUCCCUCCUAUCUUCCAUCCUCCUUCUNAAAAUUUAUUAG